CAUUAUGACCAAGACAACGGUACAAACGAAACAGCAGAUUUCUUGUAUGGCAACCACAGGGAGCAUCACGUUGAGCCAGUCUUUCUCGCCUGUCUGUGGUUUAUUGCCAUUUACACUGGUUUGAGCAUGGUCAAAGAAAUUGCACAGAUUGCUUCUCAG